AUGCCCCCUCCCAACCCAGAAGAUAAGCGCCAAGCUGCACGUGAAGUCAUCGACAUCCUCCACGAAAUUUCCACUCUCCUGAACACCAAUCUCGACCGCCCAGAACUCUCCCUAUGUGUCUCGCUCAUUGAGAACGGAGUCCCGCCCGAGGGUUUGGCGAAUGUGAUCAAGGAUUUGAGGAAGGAGGCUUCGGCUCCGGCUCCGGCUCCGGCUCCGGCUCCUAAAAGGGCUUCCUCACAGGCUUAUGCUGAUUAG